AUGUUCGAAAAAUCACUGGUCGACCUCAUAAGAGGAAUGAGAGGUCACAAAGGUCGUGAAGCUGAGUAUAUCCAAAGUGCCAUUAAAGAAUGUCGGACGGAAAUCAGAUCUCAGGACAUGGACGUCAAAGCCACCGCCUUGUUAAAGCUAAUCUACCUGGAAAUGUUUGGUUACGACAUGACAUGGGCUGCUUUCAAUAUUCUGGAAGUCAUGUCGGCUGCCAAGCACAUGCAGAAGCGUGUCGGUUAUCUUGCUGCUGUGCAGACCUUUCGACCCGAUACUGAAGUUCUCAUGCUUGCCGAAAACUUGCUGAAGAAAGACUUGACAUCUCCUUCUAUACCUACCCUGUCACUGCCUCUGAUAACGCUUCCGCACCUUGUCACGUCCUCUUUAGCUCUCUCUAUUCUACCGGACCUUUUGCCAAGGUUAACACAUUCUCAGCCAGCUGUGAGGAAGAAGACUAUCACCACUUUGUACCGUCUAGCACUGGUAUACCCUGAGACUCUUAUAGUGGCAUGGCCCAAGAUCAAAGACCGUUUGCUGGACGAGAACGAAGAUUCGAGUGUGACUGCAGCAACGGUCAAUGUCGUUUGCGAGCUUGGCUGGAGGCGUCCACGGGACUUUCUGCCCCUUGCACCUCGAUUGUUUGAGCUAUUGAUAGAGGGUGGGAACAACUGGAUGGCCAUCAAAAUAAUCAAGCUUUUUGCGGUCUUGACCCCUCUCGAGCCAAGAUUGGUGAAGAAGCUAGUUCGUCCUUUAACCAAUCUGAUCCAAAGCACUACUGCUAUGUCGCUGCUGUAUGAGUGUGUCAGUGGCAUCAUUCAGGGUGGCAUUCUGGAUGGAGCCGAUGCUGGUGUGAACGUAGAGGAGGUUGCCGAUCUGUGUAUCUCCAAACUGAGAGGCAUGAUCCUCCUCGAGGGAGAUCCAAACCUCAAGUAUGUCGCUCUAUUGGCUUUCAAUAAGAUCGUCACCACGCACCCUGCUUUGGUGGCUAUGCAGCAAGACGUUAUCCUGAGGUGUUUAGACGAUCCCGACGUCUCAAUCAGGCUUCAGGCCUUGGAACUUGCCACAGGUAUGGUCAGCAGUGACAACUUGCAAAGUGUGGUUGAUAGAUUGAUGAAACAGUUGGCAAAUGCGCCACCGGAGAAGUCUACCUUUCUGAACGGGUCCGUUGAGGAUCAAGAUAACACAGACCUGGAGCAGAAGCUUGUGCCUGACAAGCGAGGCUCGGAGGCUUCGCCCUUGCCUAACGAGUACCGACAUGAAAUUAUAAGCAAAAUCCUGGACAUGUGUCCAGCUGACACGUAUGCUAAUAUUACAGACUUUGAAUGGUAUAUUGAGACGCUAGUGAAAUUGAUUCGUCAACUGCCAGGUAAGACAAACGAUACACUGACUGGAAGACACGACAGAACUUUGAACCUGCCGGCGCGUAUUGGUAGUCAACUUUUGGAUGUCACUGUUCGUGUCAAGGAGUUACGUCCAGAGGCUGUUAGAGCUGCCGAGAGGCUGGCAACCAUGUCCAGUCGCGGUAUGUACUUCGCGAGCCACGGCUAUGGACAAGCUGAGAUCCUCGAGGUCGCUGCUUGGUUAUGUGGAGAGUAUGCUGUCCAUCUAUCUUCGCCUUACGAGGUCAUCAAUUCGCUUGUCCAUGAUCAGACGAAAGAUUUCGCUUCGAGCACCAUUGGCACCAUCGUUCAGGCGAUUCCUAAGGUUUUCGCUAGUAUUACCAAAUCUGCAAAUCAAGAGUGGAACGCCUCACGCAAAGGUACCUUGGAGUUGAUGCUAGGACGCAUCACAAGCUUUCUGGACACUCUAUCAGCCCAUCCUAACCUCGAGGUACAGGAGAGAAGUGUCGAGUUCCUCGAACUACUGAAACUUGGAUCGGAAGCACUAUCCGCGGCCACUAUCGAUGCCCCUGAGGCGCCCCUACUCUUGAUUCAUGCUCUUCCAGCACUUUUUGAGGGCAGCGACCUCAAUCCGGUGUCCUCCGCAGCACAGAAGAAAGUUCCCAUACCUGAAGACCUCGACCUUGACACACCCUUAAACCCUAAUCUAGAUACCAUUCUCCGAUCGUCACAGCUGAUUGACGAAGAAGAAGGCGACGACGAGCAGACGACCGCUUUCAAUAAAUUUUACUUCGAGCGAGAGAUUACGGCCCUGGCAUCGAUAAGACCGACUACUCGAUCACAAUACGUAGAGGCCGAUAACGACGAGGCAGUCUCGUAUCAAGGAAUCCCAGAUUCACCACAGACCCAAGCACGAAAGAAGGCAGAAAGAGCCGCACGUAACAGGGACGACCCAUUCUAUAUUCCAGGUGGUGCACACACUCCGUCGGAUGAGAUAGCGAGCGUCAUUGGCAAGCAAGCAGGUGAUCUCGAUGUUGAUUCAAUACCAAUCGUCGACUUGAACAUCGAUCCCAGCCAACUGCAACACGGACAAUCGACUGAAAAGCCAAAGAAGAAGCCGAAGAGAAAGUUUAUGAUAGCAGCAGAUGAGACUCUUGAUCCUACAUCAGAUCAACUUUCUAGUUCUUUCAGCGACACCCGAGCGCCACGAUCGUUGACCCGCAAUCUAUCCAAUACAGCCCCCUCCUCAUCCGUACCAGCCACGGGUAAUCGCAGGAAUUUUCUUUCUGUCGAUUCUUCCAAUCUUGGUGCAUUCUCGCUGAGUGACCAGGAACAAUCAGGUACAUUACAACUGGACAUUGACCGUCGCCUAGCUGAGGAAGCUGAGAUGGCCGCUGCACUGAAGGAGGUAGAGAGAAAGAGACUGGAAUUGGCGAGACAAGAAGAAGAAGCACGAACACAUGUGGCGGAAGGCGUGGAUGAGGAGGGUAUAGUUGUAAAACGUAAAAAGAAGAAGUCAAAAAAGCCGGCUGGGGAUGAAACAACAGAACAAUCUCUUGUAGAUACACUAAAGAAGAAGAAAAAGAAAAAGGUCAAAAAGUCGGAGGGUGGUGAUCCUGUACAGGAUAGUCAACCAGACUUCACCGAGCAAUAG